AUGAUUAUUUUCAAGGACGUUAUUUCCAACGAUGAGAUGUGCUCUGAUGCCUUCGAGCCCAAGGUUGUUGACAAUGUUGUCUACGAGGUCGACUGUACCAUGAUCCAGGUCGCUGAGGGUGACGUCGAUAUCGGUGCUAACCCCUCUGCCGAGGACGCCGAGGAGGGUGUUGACUCUGACGUCCAGACCGUCAACAACGUUGUCCACUCUUUCCGACUCCAGUCCACUGGAUUCGACAAGAAGUCCUACCUCACCUACCUCAAGGGUUACAUGAAGUCCAUCAAGAACUACCUUGCUGAGAACAAGCCCGAGGAGGUCGAGAACUUCGAGAAGGGUGCCCAGGCUUACGCCAAGAAGAUUGUUGCCAACUUCAAGGACUUCGACUUCUACACUGGUGAGUCCAUGGACCCCGAUGGAAUGGUUGCCCUCCUCAACUACCGAGAGGACGGUACCACCCCUUACCUUAUCUUCUGGAAGCACGGUAUCAAGGAGGAGAAGAUCUAA